AUGAGCGCGCCGAGCGAGAGCUAUAACUGGUUCUUGAUCGUCGUGGCGAUCGUGGUGACGGCGCUGGCGCUCGCGUGCAACGUCUACGUGCUCGUGCACUUUCAACACCCGGAUGAUCGCAAUCAGGCGUGGUUUCCGAAGAUCGUCGUCGUCACUGGAUUGACGCUGUCGGUGUUGUCGAUAUUGUUGCUGCCGCUGGACGUGGCGAACAGAGCGGCGUGCGAUGAAGCGAUUAUAGAGAGCGCGUGUCGGUACACGCUGCCGAUGGAGGACUUUUGGUACGCGACGUAUUUGACGAUGUUUGCGUACAUGUUCGUCUUGGUGCCGUGGACGUUGUUUUAUUACGAGCAAGAUUCCGAGGCGACGCUCGGAAAGAAGCUGGUGAGCUCGUCGAUUUGGAGCGUGGCGACGCUGUUUGUUUUGUUGAUGGCGAUGUUGCUGGCGUAUUACGUGGGCGGCGAAGCCGAGUUUGAGUUGAAGAGCGUCAAGUCAGGGAUGGCGUUGAUUGGCAACUCGGCGUUGAAUGGUGCGACGUCAUGUAUAGCGUUACCUUCAUCGCCAACGACGGUGACGAAUUUCGCGACUUACACCGCGACGAUGAGCGGGAUGGAUUGCGACGCCUACGGCCCAAACGUCGGAACGGAAACGUUCACCGUCCGACCGACGUUUAUCGUGUACAUGAUCGCCGUGGCGUCCAUUAUAUCCUGGUUCAUUUUCUUAGUGUACGCUGGCGUCGGCAUCGUCGCCCUGCCGGUGGAUAUGAUCAAGGGGUUCAUGAACCGUCCGCAAAAAGUCAUCCCGAAGAGCGAGUACAUUCGGUGCGCGACGAUUUUAGCUCGUGACGCGCAAGCGAUACAUCAGCAAAUUAAGAACGUUCAGAAGGAGCAGCGCGAAACUGGACGGACGAAAAAGACUAAAAAAGAUUUGAAAGAGCUUCAGGUGAAGCUCUCCCAGCUCGAGGAUGACGAAGUGGAGCUGAUGACUGUGUUUCCGCAAGGCGAACAACGCGAGGCCACGUGGUUGAUGACUGUGUUAGCGUACUACAUACAGUGCUUCCUCGGUGGCUUGAGUGUCAUCUUGAGCACGCUGUGGACGUUACACAUCAUCAUCACAGUGCUCGUCAAGCCCGCGGCGCACCCGUUCCUGAACUCGUUCUUCAUAUGGUUGGAUAGUGGUUGGUCGCUCCUCGGCACGGCUGCGUUUGCGCUGUUUUGCUUUUAUUUGGUGUUUUGCGUCAUCAAGGGUAACACACGGUUGGGUCUUCGAUUCUUUUUCAUGAAGUUGUAUCCCAUGAAAUUAGGUCGCACGAGCAUGAGUUCGUUGCUGUUCAACACAGGAUUGAUUAUGUUGGGCUCGAUUUCAAUCGUGCAAUUUUGCGCGCAAGUCUUCAACGUUUACGCGGCUGAAACGGCGGUGACGGAUAUCUUCGGCGGCAACAUCGAAAACCUAAAAGGUUUAGGAUAUCUUUUCAAGUACAACGUGUUCAUAUACUCGUUCUUCGCGAUGAUUUGUUUGUCAUGCAUCAUCAUUCCAUUUGAAACAUGGAAAACGCCGAAACCGAAAAAAACUUGGGAAAGAGACUCGGGUCGCAUCUAG